GCUUUGUGCUCGCGCACAAUCAACUCCGCGCGCGCUGGGAAAAAGACCCGCGAGUUGCGUCAUGGCUGCCCACGUCGCGCGGCAAGGGAUGCGAUCUGCGGGGUAGAGCAGGGCUGUGUGAUGUGGCAGGAUAUUUAUAUCCAUGUCUGCUUACAUCCCCACAAAGACCAAGCCCAUUAAACUCGUCGCCCGUCUUUGCAACAUCGAUAAACCUGCUGCCUUUCCAGUCAGUGCUUCUGGAACCACAGAUUCGCAAGACGGAGAGACACGGCACGCGCUUGGGCGAAGAAACAAAACCAUCCAUCAUGUUGAGACCAGGGGCACAUGGAACCGACCUCGCCGAGCUGGCGGGCUACCUCCUCCAAAAUGGCCCGCGCAAAGUGCAUCACACGUCCCGGCGCGUGCGCGUCGUCCUCGCGCACCGCACCAUCGUCGAUACGACCGCGGCGGUCCACGUCUGGGAGCACGACGGUUACCCGCACUACUAUGUGCCGCACGGCGAGCUCACGGCCCGCGGCUGCACCUUGCGCGACAAAUCGCUCGUGCGCAGUGAUAGCGUCACCCGCGCCGCCGUCGUGGAGCUCGUAGUUCCCGCGCGGGACGGUCUCCGCGAGUUCCGGACCGACCGCGUGCUGCGAUUCACCGAGGACAGGAGCCUGGGAGCCCUGGCCGGGUUGGUGAGGUUGGAGUUUGGAUCCAUGGAUCAGUGGCUCGAGGAGGACGCCGUGAUAUACGUGCAUCCCAAGGACCCAUUCAAGCGAAUAGACGUCCUCCCCUCAUCGCGUCCAGUCGAGAUCAAGGUUGGUGGCAAGACAGUAGCCAAGGCACCCAACUCCGUCCACCUACUCGAAACGGGCUUGCCAACGAGGUACUACCUAUCGGCCGGUGCCGUAGAUCAGUCGUCCCUCCGAAAGAGCGACCUAGUAACACGAUGCCCAUACAAGGGGGACGCCGAGUACUACCAUGUUGUCGUCGAUGGGACGCAGCACGACGACCUGGUGUGGUAUUACCGACUCCCGACGCACGAGAGUGCGGGAAUAGCAGGCUUGCUGUGCUUUUACAACGAAAAGGUCGAUGUGUAUCUAGAUGGAAAGCUGCAAGAAAAGCCAAAGUCGCCGUUUUCCUAGUCAGGGCGGCCAGGGCGGCCGGGUUGCUGGGUGACUUCAGUAGCAAUCAUCAUUGAUGCCAGGGAUUCCACCCC